GAACUAAACCUGCUUAUUUAAUUUAAAUGAAAAAAUCUGAUGUAUUUAAAUCCAUUUUUAUCUAAGCAAAUUCCAUGCAUGCUGUGAAGGUGUGCUGCUGUGGGAAAUGCUAUCUUUCUGCUUAAUGCCCAGUGUCAGUGGAAGCCUAGAGGUCUUCAUAUGCUGCUUUGGGGUGUUAAAAUGGCAUCCAUCAGCAUUGGCCAGAUACAUUAUUUAUGUAGCAAUCACGUAAGACUGGGUUUUAGUAGCUCUGAAGAAUUAAAUUUGGAAGCAGUGGUAGGACUCUUGCUUUGGAAGCUGGCAGAGCUGAUCUUUUCCUGUAGGGAGAAGAACAUGGGCUCUCUUGCUCUGGGGCAACUCCCAGUGACUGUGUGCUCCAACUGCAGGAGGAUUUCUGUGUGAACAGCUGCUCAGAUUUACUGGGUGGGAGAUCAUGUGAAUUGUCACAAGAUUAUGAAGUGCCUGCAGGGCUGCUCUGCUUUAAGGAGUGUAGAGAGGUUCCUUUUUGCCAGGAUUUUGGUGGGGGUUUCUGGCCUGUACUAUAAAAUGAAUCCCUUCAUAUCCCGGAGCAGCUGUUCUAUCCUCGUUCUGUAUACAUUUGUCUAAAUUUCUAUGGUACUGCACAUUUUGCAUACAAGUAAUUGACUGAAUUAAUCUUUACAAGCCAAAUUCUUCUUUAAUAGAGAUGCACACAAUUUCUGUUCAACUUGGGGAGGGGAUGAGGGGAGUAGCAUUUCUGAUUUGUGUGUCUGACAGCAGUGUUUGGCCUCUGGUGUUUAUCAGUCAGCUGUUACGUACACAGCUUUUCUUAUGUGAAGCUAACUUUUUUUGGCAUUUGAAUGCAUUUGACAGAUUAGUAACCAGUAUAUUUUGUUUUCUCUCAAAGCCGGAAGAGGACCAGAAGCUGAUUUAUUCUGGGAAGCUGCUGCUUGACCACCUUUAUUUGAGAGAUGUGCUGCCCCAGCAGGAGACGUUUCAUGCUCUUCAUCUGGUGUACCAUUCAAAGAAUCUGUCAAAAAUGAAAGAGACCAACGCGCAGAUUGACGAAACCAAUCAACAGCCAAAGACUGUUUCAGGACCUGGUCAAGAUCCUUCUGUAGUUUCUUCAAGUGAUGGCUUGAGACAAAGGGAGACUUCCUGCAACCAGCUUUCUACAGGGGAAGCCAACACUAGGGUUGAAGCUGCCCAGCAUCCCCAUGGUGUGGCUCCUGGGUACUCUGCAUAUACCACCUACAACAUACUACAGAUGUCCUGGUUUCAGCAGAUUUAUGCAAGACAGUACUACAUGCAAUACUUGGCUGCUGUUUCUGCUGAUACAUCACCUACACAAAGGUCACAAGAGAUACCAGUGGCACCAGUUGCAGCUCCAGCCCCACUUCCAGAUGCCUUUCCUGCACAAAACCUGCCUGGAAACCAUAAUGCCCCUCCUCAGCUUAAUGCAGGGGCCAAUCAGAAUUUGCAAAUGAAUGCCCAGGGGGGUCCUCUCAUGGAAGAGGAGGAGGAGAUGAAUCGAGAUUGGUUGGACUGGCUUUAUUCGGCAACCCUGUUCUUCGUUUUUGUCAACAUUAUCUACUUCUACUCCAGCCUCAGCAGGUUCCUCAUGGUUAUGGGCGGCACAGUUCUGAUGUACCUGCACCAUGCUGGAUGGUUUCCAUUUAGACGACAGCCAGUUCACCCUCUUCCAAACAAUGUUCUUCCCCAAGCUGCGAUCAACCAGGACCAAAACAAUAACUUACAGGAGGAAAAUGUAGGUGGAGAAGCUGAACCUGAGGCUGUUUCUGAUGAAGGAAGAGCUUUACCAGAAAAUCAGCAGGAGAGUCCUUCAUUUAUGAACACAGCCUGGCUUUUCUUCAAGACUUUCUUUGCAUCGCUCCUGCCAGAAGGGCCUCCAGCCGUGGCCAACUAACUGAUUUUGAUAUCGACGUACUAGCCCGUCUGUAACUCCAGCAGAUUACUCUUCUGUAUACCUGACUAGUCUGGACACCAACUCCAAAGUUAAAAUGACAAGUAUCACUGGGAUUUCCCAUCUUAUAGCAACUAAGCAACCUAAAAACUGCAAGAAGCCUUAAACCUUUACAGCAUAUAGACUAAAAUGUACUGUGCUUUCCAUGUCUUCAUUCCAAAGAACUUCAGUGUGCUGUAUAGCAAGCAUUAAAUUAGAGGGCCUAGCAUUGUACAGCAGUGCCCUAAAUGCACAGACAGUAAGCAGGUGUGUCGGAGAUGUAAGAGAAGCAGAUUGCUUCUACCAAUGCUAUUUGAUUCCUGUUGGAAUGUUUCAAAUGCUGUUUAAAUUACACUGAGUGUAGUAUCUCAUAUAUAAAACAAGGAACUGCUGUUAAGUAUUGGCAGACUUUUCUAGGGGAGGUUUACCCUUAAAUUGCUUAAAGGAAUGCAAUGCUUAAUCGUAACAGAAAAUGAAGACAAAUCAUGUUUUCGCUGUAAAUUUCCUAUGGAGGACAUACUGUGUAAUACAGUAACUACCUACUUUGUCAGAAAGUGAAAGCUAAUCACAGCCUUUGAUAAACAAGUACACCAAAUGGAUCAGCUGAGUUACAGGGUGAAUUUCAAGUUGUCAAAAUCAGGUGUCUUUUAAAACCAUUUAAAGGUUCCUUUUCUGGCUUGUAAAUCCCAAAGCUUCAUUCAUCUAGAACUUAGUUGCGCUGUGCAUCUUGUAACCGCUUCCAGGAUGCUCCAUGUAAGUCGCCUAGAGGUUCUCUAUUCAAUCCAUGCGAUUUUCUGUAAUGUUAGAAAGACCAGUGCCAACUUUUUUUUUUUUGCUGUCAACUUAAACUUAGAAGGGCCUGUUACCUUUUGUCAGCUAGAACUUUCUGAAUCCCAGACGUUCAUGACAAAUGGCUACGUUCCUUUUGAGAUGUACAGAAAAGCGUCAACUAGGCUUUUGCAUCCCAGCAAGCACAAGAUUGCUCCGGAACAACUUUCACUGUACUCAUUUCGUUCCUUCCUGGUGUUCCCUUGAACACCUAAUAUUGUCAAGGGCUUUGUUUUCGAAAACAAUCAGUUGUGUGCAGACUUGACCACAAUCAGAAAAUUGCCCUGUGCAAAUAGAUGGUAUGCACCUAACUUGCUGUCUGCACACCCAGUCACUAAUUGCACGUAUACAUGAACAGAGCCUUUGCACAUUGUAAAACUAGACUUACUCCUCAGCAGCCGAUAACUUUGUUGCCCAAUGUGCCUUGGAUAACUUUUCUUUGAACAAACAAAAGAAGUUGAAGUUACAAUGGUCAGACAACUUGUAGCUGCUCCUAGUAGUUCUGUAGGCGUUCAGGAAGUUGGCCUAACAUAUGAGGCUCCUUUGACAUGUGCAUGGGUUUGCAAUGCAUUGUUUUAGCUCAGGGAUAAUGUUUUAUUGCGAAGUAAACAUCUGUUUUUUUUUUUUUGUUUUUUUUUCUGGGAUGUGGUAUGAAGAUUUUUGGGAUUAACAUCUCGUCAGUAAUGCUACUUGUAGAUGGCAAAACUGCAUUAUAAAGCUUUAAAGCAAAUGUCUUGCCAUGCUAAUGUGCAUGAACUUGUUCUGUACAGUUGACCAUGUAAUUACUUAAUCUGAAAUUCUUAAUCCUGUUCUUUCCACAUAUUACACCUACCCAUUAAACAUGGUUUAAUGUUUCAGUGUUUUAUCUACUGCA